AUAAAUAUUUCACGGAGAGGCUCGAUGUCAGUAGAGAACUAUAUGUUACAGCGUUUGUAUCACAGCUGAGCUAUACGGUGAAUUUAAACAACAAUAGAGGCGGGGGUCUGGACCUCCACCAUUGCUGCUGCUGCUGGGUGUGUAGUUUAAUCUGUUUUGAAAACAGAAUCGCUUGAGGAAGUCGAAGAAAGUAAGAGUGAAAGAAGAGAGCAUUAUUGCCAGGCAUCCUUUGUUUCUUCUCUGUUCAGACUACUUCAUCAUGGCAACAACCUGCACCAGGUUUACUGACGAAUAUCAGCUUUUUGAGGAGCUUGGGAAAGGAGCUUUCUCAGUGGUGAAAAAAUGCCUGAAAAUCUCCACAGGACAGGAGUUUGCUGCCAAAAUCAUCAACACCAAGAAGCUGUCUGCCAGGGAUCACCAGAAGUUGGAAAGAGAAGCUAGAAUCUGUCGUCUUUUGAAGCACCCAAACAUUGUGAGACUCCAUGAAAGCAUAUCGGAAGAGGGGUAUCAUUACCUAGUCUUUGACUUAGUUACCGGAGGGGAAUUAUUUGAAGAUAUUGUAGCUAGAGAAUACUACAGUGAGGCAGAUGCCAGUCAUUGUAUACAGCAAAUUCUAGAAAGUGUAAAUCAAUGCCACCAAAAUGGCAUAGUUCACAGAGACCUGAAGCCAGAGAAUUUGCUUUUAGCUAGUAAAUUGAAGGGGGCGGCUGUGAAGCUGGCAGAUUUUGGAUUGGCUAUUGAGGUUCAAGGAGACCAACAGGCCUGGUUUGGUUUUGCUGGUACCCCAGGUUACUUGUCACCUGAAGUGUUACGCAAAGAUCCUUAUGGAAAGCCAGUGGACAUGUGGGCUUGUGGAGUUAUUCUCUAUAUUCUUCUGGUUGGCUAUCCUCCAUUCUGGGAUGAAGAUCAGCACAGGCUCUACCAGCAGAUCAAGGCCGGGGCCUAUGAUUUUCCGUCACCAGAGUGGGACACCGUGACUCCCGAAGCCAAAGAUCUCAUUAAUAAAAUGUUAACGAUCAACCCCGCCAAACGAAUCACUGCUACAGAGGCACUCAAACACCCAUGGAUCUGUCAACGCUCCACUGUGGCUUCAAUGAUGCACAGGCAGGAGACUGUGGACUGCUUGAAGAAAUUCAACGCAAGGAGAAAACUAAAGGGGGCUAUUCUUACGACCAUGCUGGCCACCAGGAACUUUUCAACAGCAAGGAGUCUGAUGAACAAGAAGACGGAUGGUGUAAAGAUUAACAACAAAACCAACGUAGUAAGCAGCCCUAAAGAACCUAUUCCUACCCCAGCGCUGGAGCCCCAAACUACAGUAAUCCACAACCCCGCUGAUGGAAAUAAGGAGUCCACAGAGAGCACAAACACCACCAUUGAAGAUGAGGACGUGAAAGCUGCCAAGUGCACAGAAAAUACAAAUUCAAAGAGCCUGUUGCAUGAGUCUGAGCCCAUCCAGUCAACAAACUCCUCAGUUCAGUCUCGCAAACAAGAGAUUAUUAAGGUUACAGAGCAGCUGAUUGAAGCAAUCAACAAUGGAGAUUUUGAAGCCUACACGAAGAUUUGUGAUCCAGGUUUGACAGCGUUUGAGCCUGAAGCCUUAGGCAACCUGGUCGAAGGCACUGACUUCCACAGGUUCUACUUUGAAAAUGCUCUGUCCAAGAGCAACAAGCCAAUCCACACUAUCAUCCUGAAUCCCCACGUGCACCUGAUCGGGGAGGACGCGGCCUGCAUAGCCUACAUCCGCCUGACCCAGUACAUGGACGGGAGCAGCAUGCCAAAGACCAUGCAGUCUGAGGAGACUCGCGUGUGGCACCGCCGUGACGGCAAGUGGCAGAACAUUCACUUCCACCGCUCUGGCUCUCCGACUGUGCCCAUGAAAUAAGAUAAUGGUUAAUGGUGCCCCUGCUGCUGCAGUCACAGGACACAAGCAUUCAGGAGGCUGUCCAGUCUGCUCCCAUGCAUGAGCCUUGGAUAAGCAUCCCCUAAAACACAUUCAUCAUGUACCAUUUGUUGUUUAUUCCAUCGGUACUUAUUGUUUACACUUCAUAGGAGGAAAUGUUCCAUGCAAAAUGAAGACAAUAAAGCAAAAAAUAA